GAAGUUCCCUAAAUGACUCACCAGUAUGGGGUCAUCAUGCCUCCUGUGUCCUCCUCCCUAAUUUCUUCUGGAGCUGUUUCAAGAAACUGUUCUUUUAGGGCAUUUUUUUCUUCUCUCGCAUGUAUGGCUCAUUUGCCAUUUUGAAGCUUGUGUCUCCAAACCAAAACGUGAUGUGGAAAAAGAGUUUUCUCAUGUUCCUUUUCUCUCUCUCAGUUCAAAGAGCUGCCCUGGAUUGUGAAUGGAGGAACAAACUCCUUUCUCCAAGUUUGAACUCAAAAACAAAUGCAGUCACGAGGGGUCAAAAUGUGUCUUUAAUUUGUUCCAGCCAGAACCCAUCACUACAGAUCACCUAUCUUUUGUUUCGGCAUGAGAAGCACCUGAGAACCCAGAAAGGCAAAGGAGAACCCAUGAUUUUUAACCUAAGCGUCUCAGAAGCCCAUGAUUUGGGUCCCUACAAAUGCAAAGUCCAAGUUUCUAACUGUUCAGUUAUCAAAUACAGUCAUGAGUUCAACUUCACCUUUGUUGACCCAGUGAUUACACCAGUGCUGAACGUUAACGUCAUUAAAAUAGAAACAGACCGACAUAUAAUACUGCAUUGCAUCUCAUUCAACGGCUCUCUGCCCAUCAAUUAUACUUUCUUUGAAAAAGAUACUGCCAUAUCACCAGCCAUUUCCAAGUACGUAAGGGAGCCCGCUGAAUUCAACUUAACCAAGAAAAGCACUGGCGGAAGGGAAGAGUAUAGGUGCAAAGCUGAAAACAAAUUGCCUGACCAUGCAAAAUACAGUCAACCAGUCUUCAUCAGUCCCUCGACAGGUGGAGGCAGCUGUCCUUUCUGUCUGCAGCUACUGCUUCUGGGAUUAUUGCUGGUGCUAAUGGUAAUAAUCCCAAUUCUGACAUUUUGGAUACUACCAAAGUACAGAGCAGGAAAAGCUAUGAGAGAUCAGGCACCCAGAGACUAUGGAAAUACACCCAUGGAAAUUGGAAUAUACGCAAAUGUCUGUGAAACUCAAGCAGACUCUGUGCCAGGCUUGGAACCAAGGCAGUGUGUUCGCACAGCCCAAGAUGGAACUGGACACUCCCAGGAGAUACAUUAUGCUACCCCCAUGUUCCAGGAGGUGGCACCUGGAGGUCGUGAAGCCUGUAAUGAUUGUAAAACUGGAUCUAUCUAUUCUGAGCUCAUCAGAAGAUGACAUUUAAAGCUACAAGCUACAUCUCAGAAUGUUCCUACAAUCUGGAGACCGGAGAGCUACUGCUGCCGUUACCCUGGUUGCCUCCUGCCACAACAGCCUCAGGCCCAGAAACUGGAGGCUCAACAUGGGAUGUGGAGUUCUGCCACCGCAGACAUUUGCUUCUCAGCGACAACCACCACCUUCCCUUCUACCUUCCAGACCCCACGCACGUGUGUCUAAACGGAAGACAUUCACAACCACACACACCCUGGCAGUAAGGGAAUUGUAAUUUUUUAGGUUUCUGAUGCCACCAAAUAGGAGGGUCAUGAUGACACUUAAGAGAGCCAAAGAAUCUACCACAUUAGCCAAAAUAUCAAUCAAGACUGAGGGUAAAAUGAAGGUAUUUUAAGACAAAGACUGAGAAGGAGGUUUUCCAAUCAUGUUCUCAGUGAAAGAAAUACGCCGUAUACUUGAAGAAGAAACCUGAACACAGAUAAAGGGUGUAAGAUUCAAGAAGAUUCAUAGAGUAAACAUAAAUGACAGAGGGCAGGGGGGCAGAAAGAGAGGUGUGCAUAAGGUUUGCAAACAUUAUAAGGCUACUUGAUGGGGGGGCUUAAAGUCACCAACCAUGAGAUCAUGACCUGAGCCAAAAUCAAGAGUUGGACGCUCAACUGACUAAGCCACCCGAGUGUCCCUAAGUGAUGUGGGUCUUGCCCACCUCUCUGACCUCUUCUACCCAGCUCCCCUAUGCUCAUCUAUUCCGGCUCCCCUGGCCUGUUUUCUGCUCCUUGAUCAUUCCACACCUUUUCCCUCCUAAGGGCCUUGGCUCUUGCUAGUCCCACCGCCCCAGAUCGUCACACACCUGACCCCUUUGUAUCAUUCAGCCUCAAUUUGAAGGUCAGGUUCUCAGAGAUUCCCUGACAACCUAUGCAAAACACACUACCCAGCCACAAUUUGGCACAUCAUCCUGUUCUAUUACCUACAACACUAUCACUGUCUGAAAUUACCUGAAAUUGUCCAUGUGCCUCCUGCUUAGCAUCUGUCCCCACCUGCCCACCCCUGGAAGGGACUUGUCUGUGUUGUUCACCACUACGUCCUUAACACUUACAGUCCCUGGGACUCAGGUGCUCAGAAAGCCUUUUUGAAUGAACAAGAUGAAUAAAUAGAGAACACACACAAUAACAGGCCGGUCUUCAGGAGAAGCACAAUUAUCUGAGAGAAAUUUCUCCCAUGCUUCCUUACAGGACGAUGUGGUAUAACAGCAAACAAAUGCCUUCAAAAACACUCUUAUGGCUAAAUCAACAAUGAGUUCACAGGACUAUUUCUUAGUAACAUCUUUCAAUAGAUAUUGGUGUGAUGUAAUACGUGAGAAGGGUAUUUGGUAAAAACAAAUGUAUUAAAAAUAAUUGGAUUGGAGGGAAAAUACAUCAAAACAAUACCAUGCAGGUGUGCAGCUCUCGGUCAGAUUUAAUGGGAACUGCUGCUGGAGUGAGCAUCAGAAACCACCUGUAGGUUUUAAAAAUAUACUUGCGUGGGCCCAACGGUCGGAGAUUGUUAUCAGAAAGAAUAG